UCAGCUGUCGCCCGCACGAGUGCUUGCUUCCGCUCAGCCCAACGACCACCCGUCCAGCUCCCACACUCUCCCGCCUCUUCAGCACCAAGCGCCGGCGCAAACAUGUCCUGGGCAGGAAUCAAGAAGGCGGCCAGCCGCGCGGGCACCCAGAUCUCGCAGAAGAUCGGUCAAGUCGAGCGCACCGACGACUCGGCGUUCACCCACGAGGCGGCUCGCUUCAAGGAGCUCGAGAAGAACGGCAAUGCGCUGCACAAGGACGCAAAGGCGUACCUCGACGCCGUCCGCUCCGUCUCGGCCUCGUCGACUCGGAUAGCCACGACCAUCGACAUGUUCUUCGGUACCGACUCGGGCGAGCAGGCCAUCUCGGCCAAUGCCUACAAGCGCGCCGUCGAGGAGCUCGAGGGCGACAUCGCCCGUACCAUCGAUGCGCCUUACCGCGCGACCGUGCUCGAGCCGAUCGGCAAGAUGUGCGCACACUUCCCCGAGGUCAACAACGCCAUCGCCAAGCGGCAGAAGAAGCUCCUCGACUACGACGCGGCUCGGUCCAAGUCGAAGAAGCUCGGCGAGAAGGCCAAUGCCGAGCCAAUCUCGCUGCGUGCGGCCGAGAACGAGGAGGAGCAGGCGCGCGAGAUCUUCCAGGCGCUCGACGGUCACCUGCGAGAGGAGCUGCCGCAGCUCAUCGACCUGCGCGUCCCGUACCUCGAGCCGUCGUUCGAGUGCAUGAUCCGCCUCCAGUCGCACUUUGCGACAGACGGGUACAACAAGCUGGGAGGAGUUCAGCGCUACUUUGCCGACGGAGUGCGGGAGGACUACGCCUCGGGCGCGCUCGACGCUCAGGUCGAGGGUGCGCUGCAGGAGAUGCGCGAGCUGUCCAUCUGCGGGCUGAGCGCGUAGACACUGGCGCUUUGUCCCUUUCCUCCCCACUCUCGCCUGAGGCGUUCCUUGAGCUGUAUGAAAUACCUUGAGCCGUG